AUGUCUCCCUCCGAGGUGGUAAUAGACGACGUCACUCCCUCAGAAACUCCAAAACCAGACGAGUCCUUAAAUGCUCCAACUCCUGUUCCGCCCAUGUCAUCCCCGAGCCCCUUUCCACUUCAUAACCCCUCCCACGAAGAGCAUCAAUAUCUCAACUUAAUCCGUUCAAUCCUGGCAACAGGUGAGAACCGUUCUGAUCGUACUGGGACAGGCACCCGCUCCCUUUUCGCGCCCCCACAACUCCGUUUCUCCCUCUCAAAACCCGGUUCUUCCUCCCCGUCAUCUCGUACCCCAAUCUUGCCCCUCCUGACCACCAAACGCGUCUUCCUCCGCGCAGUUCUUGGUGAACUUCUCUGGUUUAUAUCGGGCUGCACGUCCUCUCUUCCCCUUAGCAAAGCUGGAAUCAAGAUCUGGGAUGGGAACGGAAGCCGUGAAUAUUUGGACUCCGUAGGCCUUUCACAUCGUGCAGUGGGCGACCUAGGACCUGUGUACGGGUUCCAAUGGCGGCAUUUCGGCGCCGAAUACAUCGAUGCGCAGACAGACUAUAUGGGUCAAGGUGUAGAUCAGAUUGCAGAGGUGGUACGAAAGCUAAGGGAGAACCCAUAUGAUAGACGAAUUAUCCUGAGCGCAUGGAAUCCGGCGGAUUUGAAGAAGAUGGCGUUACCGCCUUGCCACAUGUUUGCGCAGUUCUACGUCUCUUUCCCAUCUCAUGGAGGUAAUACUGAAAGUGGACAUGAGAAGGGAAAGGGAACUUUGUCAUGUCAGCUUUACCAGAGAUCAUGCGAUAUGGGCCUUGGAGUGCCGUUUAAUAUUGCCUCGUAUGCGCUGCUGACGCAUAUGCUGGCACAUGCGGCUGAUUUGUAUCCCGGAACGUUGAUACAUACCAUGGGCGAUGCGCAUGUCUAUUUGGAUCAUAUUGAGGCAUUGCAGGAGCAGCUGAAGAGGGAGCCGGUGGAUUUUCCUGAGCUGGUGAUUAAAAGGGAUGAUCGAGGCAGUGGCGUUAUGGAUGGGUGGAAGGAAGAGGAGUUUGAGGUUGUGGGGUAUAAACCCCAUAAAGGAAUUAAAAUGAAGAUGAGUGUUUAG